UUGCUUUUAACAGAUUUUGCAUCACUCAAGUGUGGCAAACCCUCAACUGACGACCUUCUACUUAUUGCUUAUGACCUUGGUUCCUCGUGGAAAAUGUUUGGACGGGUGCUUAACCUAGACAAACCACAGCUAGAACAGAUUGAAGAGGAUGAGCGAAAACUGAUCGAAAAGAGCUAUGGUGUGUUUUUGAUUGUCGUUAGCAGAUAGGAUGAUUUGCAUGACUUGCCAUUGGUAUAAAGACAUACCAAUCUCAGCUGAAGACACGGCUGAAAUCCUUAAAUAAACUUGUCUUCGGAGUCAUGCUUAGUUUAGUAUUUAGAGUGAGAGCUACAAUUAACUUUCCAGGUUAUGGCUUUUGGUAUGUGCUUGUUCGUGUAAGACGUUUGCGCUGUGUAUUUUCUCCUGGUUUCGAGUGUAGAAAUUAAAGUAACUUAAUCCCACUUCAGGUAUGCUAAAGAAAUGGUUGGAGUCUUGUGGUGGCACUGCAACGUAUCAAAGUCUUGCGGUAGCAUUCCAACAACUGGGACGAACAGAUCUUGCUGCAAAGUACUGUAACGUGCACAGCGAUCCCUGUAAGGGUAAGUGUUCCUCGUUGAAAAUACUUAGUUCCGCUUAUUAGUUAACAGGAUCAUGGGGUGGGCAGCUCGUUAUUGGGAACUUCAACAUUUUUUUAGUACGAUAACUCCUCUUAUAAAUUGUCUAGUUUUCCUUCUUUAUUUUGUUGUUUCUAUUAUUGUUUUAAAAAUAGUUUUUGGCGGCUAACUGUGCCUGCUUUCCGCCUUGCACCUUGUCUAGUUCAUAGUCAUGCGUAGUUCACAAGUAGCACCACCCUUGCGGCUAAGGCGCUCAACCAUUACAGGGUCGGGGUGGACAAAAAAGCUCUUUCUCUACGGCGGGAACAAGAGCCGAAAACGGUGUCUGCUCUCGAAGGCUAGGAUGGACGUGGGAUUACUGUUUAACUUGCUUAUCAAGCUGAAAAGUGGAAUUUGUUUCUUAUUUUUCACAGAUUGUGUAGUUUUGCCUUCAUUAUCUUCAGUUAAGGCUGGCACGCCAUGCAGUAAAGACCUUCUCGAUAUUGCUGGUGAAUUUGGUGCUUCUUGGAAGAUGUUCUGUCGAGCAUUACACCUCACUGAAGCCACGCUGGCAGAGAUCGAGGAGAACGAGCGUGAUAUGGUCAGCAAAUGCCACGGUACAGUUACUGAAAAUACUUUCAUAAGUUGAAGCCUUAAUAAGUCCUAAUAAAAUGUCGAUACGUUGCUUUAGUUGAGUAGAAAAGAAAAGUAGAUUGCAGGCGAUUAAUAAGUGAGUCGGUUAAUGUCAACAAGGCGUCCUCAAACCCUAAGGGGAAAAAAUAAUGAUGAUGAUGAUUAUGUUAUAAUAACAAUAAGAAAAAUUCAGUGGAAAACACAAACAAUAAUGUGAAUGGUUUCUGCUAAAAACGAAGUCCAGCACCAGAUAUAUUUACGUUAACUAAGAACACUUAUUUACCACUGCAGCUGUGUUACGAAUGUGGACAGAAAAGUGGGGAUCUGAGGCGACCUAUCAACGCUUGGCACAAGCACUGCAGCAUCCAGCUGUUAAGCACUCAAAUCUGGCUGCUAAGUAUUGUCACGUAGACAAGAGUACUUCUUAA